AUGGGGAGCUCAGCCUCAUCUCUGGCUGCGGAGACUGAGUCGGACCAUGGAUUUGGGACUACCUCCUACCCAUCAACUCCCCCUGUGGGCUGGCUACGAAACAGCCACAGCAGUCCAUUGUGGGGCACCAGCUUCAUCACCAGGCAGCACCAACACCCUCUGCCGCACAGAGCGCGCAGCCAUUCCCACUCUCCCGGCUCCAUGGCUGCAGCGGUGCGAAGCAACGAGUGGUCAUGUGGACGCUGCACGUUCUUGAAUGCAGGCGCGGCGCCCCGCUGCUCCAUCUGUGAGGCGCCGCGCCAGAAGCCCGAUCUCAACAAGAUCCUGCGGCUGAGCAGCACUGAGGAGCACCGCUGGGCCUGUCCACGCUGUACUCUUAAUAAUCCACAGGGAUCUGGAGCCUGCUCAGUCUGUGGCUUCGGUCCGUCUUCCGCCACCAACACCCCCCCUGCGACAACCUUAGCUGUCACUGCCAAUGGCCUCCCAUCUGCUCCACAUGAGCCCCCAACUCCAACAGUCACCCCCACAGUACUGCUUGAGCCCAAUGGACAGCAUCCAGUUAAAGAGGAAGUGUUGCGUCGAUCUGAGAGCAACGGAGAAGUGAUUGGCUAUGAAGGGCAGAGCCCCGGCUGGGCCUGUGCACGGUGCACACUCCACAACACCCCUGUGGCACUGUCCUGUUCAGCCUGUGGUGGACCCAGGAAACUGUCUUUGCCUAAAAUCCCCCCAGAGGCACUUGUUGUGCCUGAAGUGCGUACCCCUGUCAGUGGGUUUCCUGUUCACACAGCUGGAUCAGCACCCCUACUCAUUGACCUCACUGAUGAGUCCAACACUCCCUGUGAUCCUCCAGAAUCUCCCCAAGUUUCUUCACAGGGCCUCUCUUCGCCUUAUCCAACAUUCCCCUCCCUCCAGAACAACCCUGUACCCCGCAGCCGGAGGGAAGUUCCCCCGCCGGGUCGCCCGCAAACCCAAGGAACCAACAGCCCGAGCCCAACCUCCCCGUCAACGGCCAGUGUGCCCCCCCAGCCAGGCCCACAGCGGCUGUCCAAACCCAAACACGCACAACCCCAGGAACCUUCGUACCCUAGCAAGCGCCUCAGCAUCCUUGAAGAAGAAGACCACCCAUUGACACCCCACCUUACCCCACCAGCUAACCCCACCUGGAAGUGCCCUAGCUGUUCUUUGCCCAAUGCUGUUAGCUCAGCAAAGUGUGAGACCUGCAGAUCAUCAAGGACCGGUGCUGACCUCAUCGACCUGGUAGGCUGUGAAACAGUACGGUUUACUCCAGCUAGCCCAUCUAGUCCGGACUUUAGCACCUGGUCCUGCUCCAGAUGCACCCUGCGGAACCCCACAGGGGCGGCCAAGUGCUCAGCUUGUGGUUCUUCCAAACUGCAUGGCUUUCAAGAGCAACAGAACCCUCUGCCCUGCUCUUGUUCACACUGUGGCCUCCCUACAGGGUCCGGCUCUGCUUCAUGCUCUUGUCCACCAUCCUCCACCUCAUCGGGGCAUAAGACGCGAAAACAGGCCCGGUUGUUCCCUUCCUCUGCCGUUUCAUCCUCGGGUUCCUCCACUUCAUCUAGCCUUCAGGAGAAAGCAGGACAGUGGAGCUGCCCUGCAUGCACGCUUCUCAACGACGUCAAGGCCAAGAACUGUGCGGCAUGCCACACAGCGCAGCAGUACCUCACCCUUCGCAAGGUGGUGAAGCCCCUGAAGAGGAGGGAGAGCAUGCACGUGGAAGCUCGGAGACGGAACGAUGAGGGCGAGGCCAAGGAGCUUUGGGAAAACAUAGUCAGCUUCUGCAGAGAGAACUCUGUGAACUUUGUGGACGACAGUUUCCCCCCGGGACCGCGCUCUGUUGGCUUUCCCGAGGGUGACAGCGUUCAGCAGCGAAUCAAAAAGUGGCUCCGUCCCCAAGAGAUCAAUUGCAGCAAUUUCAAGGACCGAGGUGUCAAAUGGUCCGUCUUUCGCACACCACGUCCCUCCGACAUCCUUCAAGGACUCCUUGGAAACUGCUGGUUUUUGAGCGCACUGGCAGUGUUAGCAGAGCGUCCAGAGCUGGUGGAGCGAGUUAUGAUAACCAGGACCAUUUGCCCAGAGGGUGCCUACCAGGUACGGCUGUGCAAAGACGGGACAUGGACGACGGUGCUGGUGGACGACAUGUUGCCCUGCGACGACUAUGGCUACCUCCUCUUUUCCCAGGCUCAGAGGAAGCAGCUUUGGGUGGCAUUGAUAGAGAAAGCCCUAGCCAAACUCCAUGGGUCCUACUUUGCCCUGCAGGCAGGGCGCGCCAUAGAGGGCCUGGCCACUUUGACUGGGGCCCCCUGUGACUCCCUCAUGCUCCAGGUCAGCUCCACAAACCCCAGAGAGGAACCCAUCGACACAGACCUCAUUUGGGCCAAGAUGCUGAGCUCCAAGGAGGCCGGGUUUCUAAUGGGAGCUUCAUGUGGAGGAGGGAACAUGAAGGUGGACGACGCUGUGUAUGAGUCCUUGGGUCUGAGGCCCAGGCACGCCUAUUCGAUUCUUGACGUUCGAGAUGUGCAAGGUUACAGGUUGCUGAGGCUGCGUAAUCCAUGGGGUCGCUUCUCCUGGAACGGCAGCUGGUCGGACGAGUGGGCGGACUGGCCUCAGCACCUACGGCACGAGCUGAUGGCUCACGGCAGCAGCGAGGGGGUCUUCUGGAUGGAGUACAGCGAUUUUAUUAAAUACUUUGACUCAGUUGACAUCUGUAAGAUCCACUCAGACUGGCAGGAGGUCCGUCUACAAGGCUACUUCCCCAGCAAAGCCAGCGGGCCGGUCACCGUCACAGCCCUCACUGUGCUGGAGAGGACGGCCCUGGAGUUUGCUCUGUUCCAGGAAGGAAGCAGGCGCUCGGACACAGCUGACAGCCACCUGCUGGACCUGUGCAUCAUGGUGUUCCGCGCGUCGUUUGGCAGUGGUAACAAGCUGACUUUGGGCCGCCUGCUGGCCCACAGCAAGCGAGCUGUGAAGAAGUUUGUCGGCUGUGACGUCAUGCUGGAGCCGGGGGAGUAUGCUGUUGUCUGCUGCGCCUUUAACCACUGGCAGAUGAAUGUGAGCGGGACGGGAGGUCCACCCACACCCAUCUCUAGCCCCACCAGUGGAGCAGCCCGGCGGCCCAGCCAGGACUUCCCCGGUCACAUCCUGGCCAUCUACAGCUCCCGACAGGUGAUGGUGGAGCAGGUGGAAGCGACCGCCACCACCCUGGCUGAUGCCAUCAUUCUGCUCACUGAAAACAAAGGCGAAAGACACGAGGGCCGGGAGGGCAUGACCUGCUACUACCUGACCCACGGCUGGGCGGGGCUGAUCGUGGUGGUGGAGAACCGCCACCCCAAGUACUACCUCCAUGUCUCCUGUGACUGCACUGACAGCUUCAAUGUGGUGUCCACCCGCGGCAGCCUCAAGACCAUCGACAGCGUACCACCUUUACACAGGCAGGUGCUGGUGGUGCUCUCCCAGCUUGAGGGUAACGCAGGCUUCUCCAUCACCCACCGCCUCGCCCACCGUAAGGCAGCCCAGGCGUCCCUGGGUGACUGGACUCCCACUAAGGCCACCCACAGUCCCCACCUCACACCUGACAUUGAUGGCCUGCACAGACCCAGGCCUCUAUGACCCCUGCCCACUUUACCCCUUACCCCUAGACUUUAAUCAAAUGACCUGUCUGACCACUGAAAACUGAAGCAAGGGUAGAGAGGUGAUGUGUGGAGCCCUAAAACUAAAAGGAAGAUUUGUUUAGUGUUUUUUGGAUGUGUGCAUGAAUGUGAAGCCUGCACAGGCAUUUGUUUGAUCUCCAUCUGAUGCUCCAUAACUGCAGUCGGUUUUUUUUCUCCAUCAUGCACGCCUGCCAAGUAGAUGUGCCAUGUCAGGAUGUGAUAAGGGGAAAAGGGCCACAAGAAAUGACCAGUAACCCUGAGAGGAUUCAAGCUAUUUCAGGAGGCUGUCUGUUUGCGCUGUGAGGAACAGCCAUCAGGAUUGCUGUGACUUGUUUGAUCACGUAAAACUACUGAGCCAUCGGCUGCAAGCCAGUCCCUCAUUCAGCCACUUUCUCCACAUGUCGUUCACUAGUCCUCAGUAUGGUACCUUAUGAGCCAAACCCACUGGGUUUAAGUCGUUUCUUUCAACUUUUUUAAAGCCUGACCCUCGCUAGCCUCUCCAUUAUGGAGAACCUGAGGUUGUAGACAAAGCCAUUAUCCAUACAGUUUAAUCUGUCCUGAUGUUUCUCCUCAUUAUAGUGCAAUGUAGCACAGGACCAAACUUUGUUUCCUAUGUCAUGCAAAUGUUUUGUAGUAGGCACUCAAAAAAAAUGUAUUUAGUGUCUGUUUCUGUUUUCCCUGAUGUCUCUGCUGCUGGUGGUGCUCAGCAUCGCCUCACGCCAUCAAACUAAACAGGAGCUGUUUGAUUUAAAACUGCUGAAACAGUACAGAAAUCCUCUGCUUUCAUUAGAUGACACCGAACUCCUCUCUAAAACUUGUUUGGGGUUCAUUUUUAGCAGCAGUAUUCCAGAUGCAAAUGAUUUUCUGGCAUUUAAAGGAUAGUUUAGUUUGUCACCUUUACAAGAUAUCUCUUGGUGUUUUUUCCUGGAUGUUUGGAGUAAAACUGCUAGUCCAAAAGGAGCUGAGACUAAAGCAGACUGCUAAAAUUAACCACUUUGGUUUAAAAACAUAACAGAUGUUCAUACUAAAUCUGUGCUACAUGCUUUAAGAUCAUCAUUGGCUUUUCAACAUAACACUAUUUACAGAGAACCUAGUAAUCAUAUGGAUUAUAUAUAUAAAAGGAGGCAGUGCGCCCCCUCUGGUGUGAAACGAGUACUGUAAAUGUAAACGUAAAGCAUGCCUAAUCAGAGUAACUCCAAAAUGAAAGUAGAAUCUGAUGCUAAUCGAUGAAAUGGAUUUAACUUAAACGUAGGAAGUCUAAAAUGAGAAUUAGACAUUUUUAGUUUUGAUUUUCGAUUUUAAAAAGGAAAAUGAUUGCCGAGAUGUUUUAAACUGUAUCCUUGCAUUAGCAAUUAGCCCAGUUAGCAUUAGUAUCUAAACAUUAGUCUAUUUGUAUUACACACCAAAUGUAGAUCCAGCCUCAACUCUGCUACAUGUCUGCUGGUGUUAACAAAUCCAAUAUGUUCCAUAAGAGAGAGAGAUUAGUUUUAGCCUUUCCGUUAUCUCUUCAAAGUCUGGCUCUCGCUCACUGCUUUACAAAUGGACCCAAAAACGAUUUUCCUUUUUUAAUAGCUGCUUAACUCUGCUUUCUCUGAUUUUAUUAUAAUACUGAAUACUGAAAAACUAGCGUUCCAACAUUCAGUCCUGAGCCAAUCAAACCGAAGAUCAUCCAGGUUUGGUCAUCAGUCAUUCGAUCUCCUCUAAAGUGACUGUAAUAGUUUUGCUUUUUACAUCGAUUUACAUUUCUGUCAGUGGUUGAGUAAAUCUUCACCAGCUGAAUAAUUAACCACCUAAUGCAGAUUGAGAAAGAUUAAAGGCACCUAAUAAUACCGUGUUUACAUGAACUGCUAUGAUGUUGUAGGUUGGAAGUUAUUUUAAUGUGUUGGAAGUCUCUUUUGGUCUCUGCUGCUCUAAGUAGCUGUUAGUGUCUGAUAAUAAUGCUAAAUAAAGAAGCAAUGCAAAUGAUGACUUCAGGUCAUGUUUACAAACUUAGUGUUUAGGAGGUGACCUCUAGGUUUAGCAUUAGCUGGUUAUGCAUCCAUUGUUCACGCUUUGCUGUGAGUCACUUAAAGUUUUAGUGUAGCUGGAGAUCACUAGAGGAGCUCAAACUGUCCCAGAGGCCUGUUUAAAAAGGAGCUGCUGAGUAUAUUUCAGGAGAUCAGGGAUUUCUUCUGUUCGCCCAGGGAAAGCCCAGGCGUCUUCUUGGCCUCCAGGAACUGAGCCGCAGCAUGUUUUAUGCCAGGAGAACAAAUGGAGGAACGAGAGCUGUUUUUAUGUGUGCUGUUGUUUGGGACUCUACUUUCCUCUUGCUUCUGCAGUCAAAGCCAUCAUUCUUGAUUUUGUCCUCAUCGUGGCAACGUAGCAGCUUUAUCAGAGCGAAAUGGGAAGAUGAAUGCGGUACUAAAGUCGAAGGGGAAAACUGGCUGUCUUUUAAUUACAGUUUUGUCUCGGAAUUACUUUCUGUAAUGGGGAAAACACUUGAAAGCUGAUGAGAAAAGUUCCUGAUGCGUUCAUAAUUAUUGAUUAGUAGUCAUAUUAUUGUACACUCAAACUUUAAAUCCUUUAAAUAUUUCCUGCAUUGACUCUGAGAUAAAGGAGCAGGAACAUUGAUCAUUUUCUUACUUUCAGUUUUCUCUCUGAAAUCCGAUGCUGAGGAUUUCCAAAGAAGCGUCUCUUUCAUGUCUCCAUCUGUGGAGUGGGACUGAGUGUCACAGUCCUGCUGCUCUGUCUAAUUUAUUGAUUUAAAUACUGAUGAUUAGCUCAUCCGCGAUAAAGGAUUGUGAUAAAGUUUAAGCUUGAAAAGAAAUGAACGUGCACUGAGACACCUGCAAAGACAAGGCACCUCAAACCUUUAAUGUAAUGAGAUUCAGCUUUGUUUUUUUUCUGUACAUUUUCUUCUGCUGUCAUGUUUAGCUCUUCUUGUGUUGAAUUGUGUUGGAUGCGCCCCCUGCUGGUGAUAGGGCUGCAGCCAGAGAAGAAGUGGUCAGUCCAGCCAACACAAUGCCUUUUCUCUUUUCUCCUCCAAGCUCUCUUCCUCCUUGUAAAUUGUACAAACUGCAGAAUAAAAAAAGAAAUAGACAUUUAAA